GAGUGCAGUGGUGCAUUUCUUUCUUCACCUUCCGUUCCCUCCUUAUAUGUGAGUGUGUCCGUGUGUGUGUAGAGAGAGAGAGAGAUGGCAGGAGGAAUGGCUUGCUUUGAGAGGGCAUCCCCAGCACUGAAGCAGAUUCUGCUCAAAUUGUAUAGUGCUGAAAAGCCUAUGGAGCUUGAUCAUCACUUGCAUGAAUUUGGGUCCGUGGAAUAUCACAUUCAGUCAUCAGCAUCAGAUCCAUAUAAUACUUACUUGUCGAUAUCAACACCACUGCUCUCCCACGGAAUCCUGCUUUCAAAUGGGCUUCCACAUUCUACUAUAGAGAUGGUAAAGGGAAUUUCUUCUGAUGUUGUAGAGAUUGUUGAACCUGCAAGAGAAGGAUAUCAGCUUACUCUGAAACUUGACUUUGCUAGAAUUCCACAUGGCAAAGAAUCCAUGAAGAUAAUCACAGAAAUCUCCACAGUGCAAUCAGUAAUACUGAGCUCUCAGCUGAAAGAAAUUUUGAGGAAUAUUAGUUCUCAGGAUGCACCUCAAGGGAUCUACAGACCAAUCAAGCUCGUGUAUCACCCAAGAGAGCCUUUCUUUGUAAUCAAACAGCCAGCAAAAAUUACUGUAGUAUUCCCAAUGCGCUUCAAAGAAAAUACAGAUGUGAUAAUUGCGACAGCCUUCUUUCAGGAACUGAUGGACGUGGGAAGUUCAAAACAAUGGGCUAAAGCACCUCCUUGCACCUGGUCCCCCAUUCCACCCCCUGAGUUAAGAGGAGAGCACUUGGAAGACUUGAGCACCAAUGGAGGGUUUGCCACUUUUGAUAUUUCUUCACGUCAUGUUGAAGGCAAAAAGCUAGACAAGACCGUGUGGAGCCUACUGAACUUCUAUGCCUUUGUAAAAAAUCAUGUAAAGUGCACCAGAAGUUUUAUACAGAGAAGGAUGAGAAACCGUUUGGAAAGUCUAGUUGAGGUCCUGCGUCAGGGAACCAGAGAGGAAGAUCAACAUAUAAAGAAGGUUCAAGGAUGUAGGUGUAUAAGAAAACUAGUAAGUUUCUCCAAAUCCAAAACAAUAAGGCGAAGAUGUGCUUUCACCAACAAGAUCAAGAGAAUCCGCUCCAGAAUUAAAAUUCAUGCGUUCAGUCGUUUUCGUCGACGAUGGCUCUCAAUUCCCAAGUUUUCUUCUGUAAAAAAAUACAAAAAACUAGACUAAAAAAGGGUGACUCAGUGCACAAGACUCCCACUAAAGCGAGGUCCAAGGAGGGCAAGACAUACACAACCAUAUCCGCAUUUCUGGUUACAUAAAACUAGACUAGUUUAUUUUAUCCCUAAUGAACAUAUGACACAAGUUUAUUGCAGUAAUAACUUCGCUAACAACAUAGCAUGGAGUAUGGACAUCUAUUAUUCAUUUGGCUGUAACAGUACAAUAUCAAAAUAGUUGAAUAUUUGAAAUUGAAAAAUCUACUUCAAGUAAUUUCACCUUAA